CGCGAGAACAAGCUCCCUAUUUGUGCGCGUGCGCGAACUGAGUGAGUCUUUUUUCCGGUUUUUGCGGCGCGAGGAACUAUGAGCAGCAAAGUCUCCCGCGACACCCUGUACGAGGCGGUGCGGGAGGUCCUGCACGGGAACCAGCGCAAGCGCCGCAAGUUUUUGGAGACGGUGGAGUUGCAGAUCAGCCUGAAGAACUAUGACCCUCAGAAGGACAAACGCUUCUCGGGCACCGUCAGGCUCAAGUCCACUCCCCGCCCCAAUCUCUGUGCAUCCAGUGGCUUGCUUUCUUUACCAGCCAAGAAGUAUGAUGCCUUUUUGGCUUCGGAGUCUCUGAUCAAGCAGAUUCCACGAAUCCUGGGCCCAGGCCUGAAUAAGGCUGGGAAGUUCCCUUCCUUGUUGACCCACAAUGAGAACAUGGUGGCCAAAGUCGAUGAAGUGAAAUCCACAAUCAAGUUCCAGAUGAAGAAGGUGCUGUGUCUGGCAGUGGCUGUUGGCCACGUGAAGAUGACAGACGAUGAGCUUGUGUACAACAUCCACUUAGCUGUCAAUUUCCUGGUGUCAUUGCUCAAAAAGAAUUGGCAGAACGUCCGGGCUUUGUACAUCAAGAGCACCAUGGGCAAGCCCCAGCGCCUGUACUAAGGCACAAAUAAACCAUACUGCUGCAGUUA